CUUACUACACGGAGCAAAGGGGGAGAAUAAUGUUACCAGCAUGUCUGCACAUUCCUUGCUGUGUGAGAGAAUUGCUGUUGCUAAGGAGCUGAUCAAAAGGGCAGAAGCUCUUUGCCGGUCCCAGAAAGGUGGCAUAGAAGGAGGUUCCAAACUCUGCAGCAGAUUGAAAGCAGAGUUAAAGUUCCUGCAUAAGGUGGAAGCUGGAAAGGUAGCCAUCAAAGAGUCCCAUCUGCAGAGUACAAACCUCACUCACCUACAAGCCAUCAUUGAGUCUGCGGAGAACCUGGAGGAAGUUGCUGCAGUACUUCAUGUCUUUAAUUAUGAAGACAAAUAUGCUACGGAGGCUGUGAUUUCAUCUUUAAGGAGAAAGUCCUGUCUGAGCAGGCAGCUCAGGAGAGAGAAGAAAGUGUCCUCCCGCUGCUGGAAGAGUUCAUGAAGGGCAAGGAGCUGUUUGCUUGUGAAUCUGCAGUUAAAGACUUUCAGGUUAUCUUAGAAACUUUGGGGGGAGCAGGUGAGAAAACUCGAGCUGCGCGACUCAUGGAAAGAAUCAGUGUGGUACCAGACCAGCCCUCUGAACGUGCCUUAAAAUUAGUGCCUAGUUCCAAAAUCAGUCACCGUUCUCUGACAAUUUUUGGGACAGGAGAUGCUUUAAAGGCCAUCACCAUGACUGCAAACAGUGGCUUUGUCAGGGCAGCAGCAAACCAGGGGGUUAAAUUCAGUGUGUUCAUUCAUCAGCCUAGGGCAUUGACAGAAACCAAAGAAUCUUCUGCCACACCUUUACCAGAGCAUUGUUUUGGGCCCUGAUAGUGCAAAUUGCUUACUUUAUUUAUACUUCAUGAAGCAGAAGCACUUUCAUAAACAAAACUCUUUAAAAAUAUGCAACACAAUCCAGCCAAUGAGUAGUACUAGACUUGGUAAGAAACAUGGGGCUACCACUAAAUCAUUAACCUGCUGAAUUUUACUGUUACUCAGCUGUAACGUCUAAUACAACUUUUCAAUUUUUUGGCAUCAUUUUGCAGUACAGUUACUUGCUUUUGCUCCAUCCAGCUAUUUUCAUGCGGUUGACAUGCAAAUAUAUAGCUUAGUGAUAUCUGUAUAGGAAGUGCCUAGCCUGAACAGUAUGGAUAGGAACAGGUGGGACUUCCUAUGAGAUGACUGCUUUAGUGACAUCUGUGUAUUCCAGUAAAGUUUAGAUCUACAAAAGAGCUAAGCACACAUUUCACCCUCAAAAACAAAGUUCAGUUUCAAAUUAAAGCUCUAAUUUCCAUGUGGUACUUAAAAGUUAGUUAAGUUCAGCUGGAUUGUUUUCAACAUUAUCUUUGUGGCAUAAGGUUUUUAUCUUUUCCAUGGUCUAUUUUGACAUGAAUAAUACAUGAAGAGUGUAUGCACAUGAGUGAGAACACUUGGCAGAAUACUUUUUGAAAAACGAGCCAACAACCUAAAUAACCAGUGUUAAGUCUCAUUGAUUUACCUAUGACAGAUUUAAGUACAUUAAAAUCAUCCACUGAAACAGAUGUUCUGUAAUUUUAAGAAGGUUUGCUUUGGCUGGAUUGCUAAUUUUUAUCUUUAUAUGGACUCUUUCUCAUUCACAGAGUAGUGGCUUCUCUGUAAUUUACUUUACUGGACAUAAUUAUGAUGUUGACAGAAUGCAAUAUAACAUUAAAAU